GUGGAUAUGGGUGGCUCACUUAAUUUAGAAGGACUUGACCAUGAACGCAGCCCUUUCCCACUUAACCUCUCACUCCACUCACUACUAUAAAUAGUCACCCGUUGCUUCCCUCUCAAACUCACCACUUCAUAGUUCAAAACCUUAUCUCAUUCUUAAAUUCUUCACGUACCCUUUCUCUCCUACUUUUCCACUGCAAAUUUUAUUCUUUGUUUUCUCACAAUGGCAACUGCUCAAUUUGGCCUUCCUAACGAGCAGGUCCUUGUUUCAGAAAAUGGUUGCUGUGUCUCAACUCAAUCACACUGGAAGAAGGCUGCUGAUGCCCUCCAAUGCUCCCAUUUUGACGAAGUUCAUCAAAUGGUGUCGCAAUUUGCACAAGCUCAAACUGUUGAAAUCCAAGGCACCACCCUUACGGUGGCUCAUGUCACUGCCAUUUCGCGUCGAAAUGAAGUAAUGGUUGAACUUGAUGAGGCCACUGCUCGUGAUAGGGUGGCAAAGAGUGCUAACUGGGUUGCUGAGAACAUUUCUCGUGGCACAGACACUUAUGGAGUCACCACUGGUUUCGGUGCUACAUCCCAUCGACGCACCACUAAAACUUCUGACCUCCAAGCGGAGCUUAUAAGGUUCCUGAAUGCGGGAGUGAUCGGGAAGGAGAGUCUUCCAUUGAGUUAUUCCAAGGCAGCUAUGCUUGUGCGUGCAAACACGCUUAUGCAAGGCUAUUCUGGCAUCCGUUGGGAGAUACUUGAAGCGAUGGCUAAACUUAUGAAUGAAAAUUUGAUCCCAAAACUGCCUCUAAGAGGAACUAUCACUGCAUCUGGUGAUCUUGUGCCAUUAUCUUAUAUUGCCGGGUUGUUAACUGGCAGACACAAUUCCAAGGUUGUUACCCCUGAAGGUGAAGAGAUCAAAGGUGUAGAAGCAUUGAAGAGAGCUGGAAUUGGUGCUCCUUUUGAGCUACAGGCAAAGGAAGGUUUAGCUCUUGUUAAUGGAACAGCUGUUGGUUCAGCUGUUGCUGCAACAGUUUGUUUCGAUGCCAACAUUGUGGCUCUCCUCUCAGUGAUUCUCUCUGCUUUGUUCUGUGAAGUUAUGCAUGGCAAGCCUGAGUUCACCGACCCCCUUACUCAUGAGCUCAAGCACCAUCCUGGCCAGAUUGAGUCAGCUGCUAUCAUGAAGUUUCUGUUGGAUGAAAGUGACUACAUGAAAGAAGCAAAACUUCGGCAUGAGAAAGACCCUCUUACAAAGCCUAAACAAGACAGAUAUGCAAUUAGAACCUCUCCUCAGUGGCUUGGACCACAAAUUGAAGUUAUUCGCCAGGCAACACAUUCAAUCGAGAGGGAAAUCAAUUCUGUGAAUGAUAAUCCAUUGAUUGAUGUAGCUCGGGACCUUGCUCUCCAUGGAGGGAAUUUCCAGGGGACUCCGAUCGGUGUCUCCAUGGACAACCUCCGAAUUGCCAUUGCAGCAAUUGGAAAGCUCAUGUUUGCUCAAUUCUCUGAACUUGUUUGCGAUUACUACAACAAUGGUUUGCCCUCCAAUUUGAGUGGCGGCUCUAAUCCAAGCUUAGACUAUGGAUUCAAAGGUGCAGAGAUAGCCAUGGCUUCAUAUUGCUCUGAGCUCCAAUUCCUUGCAAAUCCGGUUACAACGCACGUACAAAGUGCCGAACAACACAACCAAGACGUGAACUCUCUUGGCCUGAUUUCAGCUAGAAAAAGUGCAGAAGCUAUUGAAAUCCUAAAGCUCAUGUCCUCAACGUUUAUGGUGGCCCUUUGCCAGGCUAUUGAUUUGAGACAUUUGGAGGAAAACAUGAGAGAAGUAGUGAAACAAGUCCUUCUCCAGGCAGUAAGGAAAACACUUUACAUUGCAGAAGAUGGAUCACUUCUUGAAUCACGUUUCUGUGAGAAAGAACUCUUGCAGGUUAUCGAGCACCAACCAGUUUUUUCCUAUCUUGAUGACCCCAUGAAUCCUUCUUAUGCCCUUCUGCCUAAACUGCGAGAAGUACUUGUUGAAAGGGCACUCAAGGAUCGUAAAGGCGAAGAAAAUGGUUUUUCAGUGUUCAAAAGGAUUCCAGUAUUCUUGGAGGAAUUUAUGGCAAGACUGGAAGAAGAGUUACCAAAAACAAGAAUAAGAUUUGGUAAUGGAGAAUUUGCUAUGGCUAAUAGGAUCAAGAAAUGCAGGACUUAUCCUCUAUAUGAAUUUGUAAGGACUGAAGUUGGAACUGAGCUUCUUAGUGGUGAAAAGAAGGUGAGUCCAGGAGAGGAUAUAGAGAAGGUUCAUGAGGCCAUCAAUGAAGGAAAACUGGGAGCUGUUCUGAUGAGGUGCUUAACUAAUUGGAAAUUACCAACUGGUUCACCGUAAUCACAUUUAUAUUGUAACCUCUUCUAUGUCUUCUUCUUUUUUU